GGGGCGGGGCUUGUGCUCCCCUUGGGCGCAUGCGCAAUGCGGCGCCGGUGACAGCUUUCGGAAGGUUUGUGGCGCAGCGCGUCUCUUUCGCCCAGAGCCGCGGCGGCUUUGCGAUCCCCAGCAGUGCGCGGGCGGGCGCCAGGGGGUGCUGAUGGCGGCUGAGGGGGCGGAGGCUGGCUCCGCGGAGUGGGAGGCCCCGACGCGGGCGCUGCGAGCCCUCACCUGGCUCGGGCAGGAGUUCAUGUCGGACUGGGAGGCCCAGGACUUGCGGGCCGCCCUCUUCCAGCUGCUCUUGCUCUGGCUGCUGGUGAGCCUGCUCGGCAUCCAGGUAGCCUGGCGGGUCUACGGGAACACCGUCACGGGCCUCUACUACCGGCAAGGCCCUGGAGGACAGAACGGGGGGACACCAGAUGGAUCUUCACACUUCCCAACGUGGGAGAGCUCAAGCAAUGAGACAAUGAAAACACAUCGGGAGUGAUGGCAGAGGUGACAACCGGACUCCUGGAGCUCCAGAAGCAUAAAGGAUGCUGAUGCCUGCCUGCCUGCCCGCCCAGAGGCCUUGCUUUCAGUGCUGAGAAAACUGCAGCCAGUUGCUCUCUCACCCAUCCUGUGGCCUGGCUGCUGGCCAACUUUGGUGCUGUGAGGACUACUCACCUGUGACUGCUUCUCUCCAUUCAGUUACCAAAUACUGUGUCUCAGGGUUGCUCUGCUCAGGUUAGGGAAGCUAACCUCCUCCCCAUCUCCUCAUUGAGUUGUCUGCAUUAUUCUUCCUCUUGCUGGGCCACAAAUCCUUUGGCAGACUGGCCUUGGGCCUGCCUCUAUUCCAUGUCAUAUUAAGCCAGUGGUUUGCCUGGACCCCUUCUUCUUUCAGCAGUGGUGCUCGAAGUUUCCUUUGCCUUGAGCCAGCCUCAGCUCAGAAAGGAAGCAUACCCCAGAGCUGAGGAAAAGUACACUGAUUGGAGGAAAGAUUUUCCCAGCUUCCAGUUUAGUUUAACAAUAAACAAAUCUAUUAUGUCAUUGGUGCUGCUAGUCCACACCGUUCAAAACCUUGCUGGUUCCCUGCCCAGUUGACCUUUGUAGUGUGUGCCAAUGGCAGUAUCUCUGAGCUCACGAUCGCUCCUAGUUGCUGGUGCUCAUGCCCUAGAGGAGUAAGGUAGAGCUCGCUGUGUGUGGUACUAGUGGUGUUAAUGUGAUAUUGAGCAUCCCUCCAUUCUGCCAGAUGCUGCCCUCUGUGUAUAAUGUAUGGAUUAUAAAGAAGUGAUGAACAAAGCAAAUGUAA